AGGAAUUUGCUGCUCUUUUUGAAGGCAGCUGCUUUUGUAGGUUACUCAUAUCUGGGCAGAACACGAUGAGCGGAUCAUGUUUUGUGGACAAUGUACUUUAUUUGGCUGAUUCUUACAAGCUCACUCACCAUAACCAGUAUCCUGAGGGAACUACAAAUGUUUAUUCAUACUUUGAAAGCAGAGGCGGAAAGUUUCCGGAGGUGUGUUUCUUUGGAUUACAGUACAUCUUAAAACGAUGGCUUGUUGGUGUUGUUGUAACGCACGAAAUGAUUGAUGAUGCUAUAGAGUUCUACAAGCUUCACUUUACUAUGGAUGUUUUCAAUGAAGCCGGUUGGAGGCAUAUUGUUGAUAAGCAUCAUGGGCGUCUCCCUCUGCGUAUUAAAGCUGUUCCAGAAGGGACAGUAGUACCGACAAAAAAUGUUUUGUUCACAAUUGAAAAUACAGAUCCAAAAGUACCAUGGCUUACCAACUGGUUCGAGACGUUACUCGUACAAACCUGGUAUCCUAUGACAGUUUGCACUAGCUCACGAGCUUUCAAGCAGUUGAUUGCUAAAUAUCUCGAUGCUACCAGUGAUUCCAUAGAUGGUUUACCGUUCAAGCUGCAUGAUUUUGGUUAUCGAGGCUGUUCCUCUGUGGAAAGUGCUGGCAUUGGUGGAGCCGCACAUAUGGUUAACUUUGUUGGUACCGAUACCAUAGCUGGACUACGACUUUGUCGGAAGUAUUAUUCAUGCGAAAUGGCUGGUUUCAGUAUUCCAGCCACAGAGCACAGCACUAUAACAACAUGGAAGAAGUCGGGAGAAUUAGCGGCGUUUCGACACAUGUUGCAGCAAUAUCCCAAAGGGCUCAUUUCUGUUGUCUCUGACUCUUAUGACGUCUUUCACGCUGUCUCAGCCAUAUGGGGUGAGCAGCUUCAUGACGAAGUCAUCAAACGAGGUGAACGUGGUUGUCUCGUGAUUCGACCGGAUUCAGGAGAUCCAGUCACAGUUUUAGUCAAGGUGCUGACAUUGCUUGAGGAGAAGUUCCCAGUUACUAAGAAUAGGAAGGGAUACAAAAUAUUACCUCCGUAUUUGCGAGUUAUACAGGGUGAUGGUAUCAAUUAUGAAUCUACAGGAAAAAUACUUGAGGCUUUGAAGCAAGCUGGCUGGAGCACAGAUAAUGUAGUAUUCGGUGCAGGAGGUGCUCUGCUCCAAAGGAUUGAUCGUGACACACAAAAAUGUGCGUUCAAAUGCAGUCAUGUUAUUGUCAAUGGCGAACACAGGGACGUUUACAAGAAUCCGGCUACUGAUAAGGAGAAACGUUCAAAGAAAGGUUAUCUUACGUUAGUGCGGAAUGCUUCUGGUUUGAUAGAAACUGUCCAGGAAGGACAUGGAGAUCCGAGAGAGGAUCUUCUCCAAACAGUCUUUGAAAACGGUAAACUACUUGUCGACUGGACUUUAGAUGAAAUUCGAGAGAGAGCUGAAAUUGAUUUGGUGAAGAACAAGAAGAAGAAGUAUGUCAAUGGAGUUCAUAAAGGUAUUGAAUAGUCACUGUUCCUGUUAAUCCUCAUGGUCAAAGUGCUUACCAAUUAAUUAAAUAACUCCCAUUCACUCAGGGACUCGUUGAAGUUAGGUUUGUUGUUAUGAGAUAAGCAUCUCCUCCUGUUUAUCAUUUCCCUUCAUGAUCCUCGUUCCAUGAUCUUUUAUAUGCUAUACUUGCUAUUUUACCCGGUAUUAGAUUCUGUAUUAUCUAAUCACUC